UGUCUCAAUAUAAUGGUAUUAUUUAAUUAAAUCCAUUUAAAAUAAUCUUUGUCUGAAAAUAAAAUAUGAUCCUCAACUGCGUUUCCCCUCCAGUCAGCAGACGGCGAUGUGCGUCUUUCAGGCGACGCUGCCAGCGUGACGUAUAAUCUAGGGGACGGUUCUUCAUAAACAGCUCGUCAACCACCUCGGUAGUUAGCUAGCCAAGAUAGCCGAAAGAUUCAAGCUAUUUAUACGCUUUCGGUGUAUAUUAGCUACUGUGUUUUCGACACACUUAGGUCGUAUCUACUUGUUAACCUAUUUAAUUGAAUAUUACGUUAUUUUGUAUUAGUCAGCUAUAGUAGUUCGCUGGUUAAGUUAGCACUAGCCUAGUCGCUAAUGAUAGCUAGCUAGCUAACACCCCCGACCAUGUGCUCCCUAAACUACUCCACUCUUGUUAAAGAAGAGGUGGUCUGCUGGACGGAGAAAGAAGCUCUGGGGCUGAACAUUGUCGUGAAAGAGGAGAAGGAAGAGAAGGAUAUCACAGUAAAACAAGAAGUAGAGGAUGAGGGUGUUACAGUGAAAGAAGAAGAGAAAGACGUUUCAGUGAAAGAGGAGGAAGACGCGUUCAGAGUGAAAGAGGAGGAGGAUGUUACAGUAAAAGAAGAUGAGAUGGAUGUGAAAGAGGAGGAUGUAGUUUUUGGUGUGAAAGAGGAGGAGGAGAUUACUGUCACAUUGGAGGAAGAAGAGGAGGUUGGAGAUCCGUUUAACCCCAGAGAGAGACGGGACUAUCGUGGAUCCUCUGGGGAGCCUCAACAACAUCAUGAUGCUGACGAGGCAGAGAAGAGUCUCUCCACAUCAAAACACCUCAAGAAACACCAGCAGAGACCCACAGGGAAGAAAUCUCAUUUCUGCUCUGACUGUGGGAAAUGUUGCAAAUCUUCAUCAGAACUUAUAAUACACCAGAGAAUACACACAGGAGAGAAACCUUAUAGUUGUGAUCAAUGUGGGAAGAGUUUUACUAGAUCUAGCUAUCUAACUGUACACCAGCGAGUACACACAGGAGAGAAAUCUUAUACAUGUGAUCAAUUUGGGAAGAGUUUUACUCAGUCAAGCUCCCUGAAAUCCCACCAUAGAACACACACAGGAGAGAAACCAUAUAGCUGUGAUCACUGUAGGAAGAGUUUUACUGCAUCUGGUAAUCUAACUACACACCAGAGAACACACACAGGAGAGAAACCUUAUAGCUGUGAUCAAUGUGGGAAGAGUUUUACUGCAUCUAGCGAUCUAACUAGACACCAGAGAAUACACACAGGAGAUAGACCUUAUGGCUGUGAUCAAUGUGGCAAGAGUUUUAUUCAGCUACAAACCCUGAAAUCACACCGGAGAACUCACACAGGAGAGAAACCUUAUAGCUGUGGUCAAUGUGGGAAGAGUUUUACUACAUCUAGCUAUCUGACUACACACCAGAGAACACACACAGGAGAUAAACCUCAUAGCUGUGAUCAAUGUGGGAAGAGUUUUAAUGAUUCUAGUCAACUGAUUAGGCACCAGAGAACACACACAGGAGAGAAACCUUACAGCUGUGAUCAGUGUGGGAAGAGUUUUACUGAUUCUAGUCAACUGAUUAGGCACCAGAGAACACACACAGGAGAGAAAUCUUAUAGCUGUGAUCAAUGUGACAAGAGAUACUCUGAUAAAAGGUGUCUGAUCAAACAUCAGAAAAUGCAUACAUGAAGAAGUUGUUUCAUGAUAUCAAUGAAAUGAUGUCACAAUGUAGAAUGUUUUAACAUUGUAGAAGGAGUAUUUUAAUGAUGUCACAAUGUAGAACCCUAAGCGUUUGUUCAAUUGAUUUUAGGGAAAAAGAGGAAAAAUCCAGGCUCUGAAUUGAAAGAGUAUUAUUUAUGUGAUUUAUCAAAAAGUGACUAACAUAAAAGAGCUGUGUUACACUUACCAUGUUGGUGACCCACUUGAAUCAAAAUGCAACACUUCAAACUAUUUCUGCAUAUUGGUUAUUGAUUUGGACACGUUAAAACUGUGUUUUGACAUUGCACUAUUCCCAUUUAUCAAAAUCUCAUUCAAAAGACGUUGAAAAUAAGACUAUGCCUGACGUCCAAUAUAUGUUCUGUCCAGUAUAUGUUCCGUUGUAGUUGAAAGUGAAAGUUGAAAAGAUGUAUUUUCGGGUCGAUUUUUUUCCAAUGACUUAAACUGCUUAAUUUCAACGUACUUGCAGCCGAUACACCUAUAAUCAAUUUUAUUAACAAUCUGACAUCACUCCAGAAUACACCUAUAAUUUCAUAAUAGCAAUCAUAAUUAUUUCAAACAUCCAGCCUGACAAAAGAUACAUGUUUUAUUAUUCCAUGCCUCACCAUUAAGUUAAUUAUUGCCAAUACAUAUUAACAAAGGGGUGAACAUUUGGUUUUGAUAUUUCAUAUUAUGUAACAUUUAGUAAUCAUAGUUAUUCAUGCAACCAACUUGACAUUUUUGGGUACAAUUAUAUUGACAUUGUUACCCUGCUUUUAUAUCCAACAACAUGCCUAUCUAGUGAACCCUGAAAAGAGAGAGAAGCUCCGCAGUGAGGUGGAAAGUUACUAUGGAUAUCGCAGGAGUUUCCUCUUGAAAUCAGACAUGUCCGUGGUAAGGACAACUUGGUUGCUGAUUAUCUCAAGGGUGGGCAGUCAAAUAGGUUUGUGUUUUGCAUUUAGCCAGUGAGUUACCAUGGUCACAAUUUAUUCUGACACGUUUUUCUGUGUUGGAUAUUAGUUUUAUCUCUUAUUAUUUUCUGUAUUUUUUAACUGCACUGUUUGGGGCUCGUAAGUAAGAGUUCCAGUGUUGUAUCUGCGCAUGUGACUAAUACAAUUUGAUUUGAGUUUUGUUUGGGCUCGUUCCAAGGGGACGAGAGUUCUAGAAGCUAGUGAGUUUUAGGAAGACGAGAGUUCUAGAAGCUAGUGAGUUUUAGGAUUCUAUGGAAAGAAAAAUGAUUAAAAAAAUAAUACGAUUGUAUAUUAUUAUUUAGAAGAACGUGUUUUUUCUUGUUUUUAAUUGUUGACAGCCAGUAGACACCAUGUUUAUAUUGUAGAAGGUGAAGCAUUGUAGAUGAUUAUGUGAAAUGGAAGUUGUAGAGAUACUCUGAAUGGUUGGCUAUGAAAAGCUAACUGACAUUUACUCCUGAGGUGCUGACCUGUUGCACCCUUGACAACCACUAUGAUUAUUAUUUCACCCUGCUGGUCAUCUAUGAACAUUUGAACAUCUUGGCCAUGUUCUGUUAUAACCUCCACCCGGCACAGCCAGAAGAGGACUGGCCACCCCUCAGAGCCUGAUUCCUCUCUAGGUUUCUUCCUAGGUUCUUGUCUUUCUAGGGAGUUUUUCCGAGCCACCGUGCUUCUACACCUGCAUUGCUUGCUGUCAGGGGUUUUAGGCUGGGUUUCUGUACAGCACUUUGAGAUAUCAGCUGAUGUGAGAAGGGCUUUAUAAAUACAUUUGAUUGAUUGUACAACUGAAUGCGUUCAACUGAAAUGUGUCUUGGGAGCACUGAUUGGUGUCACCUCGUUAGUCAGUAUGUGUUACACCUGUGCUGGCUUGUCCAUCUCGUUAGUGGGAAGGUGUUUCACCUGAGCUGGUCCAGGUUCUAUUUAAGAGUGUCUGGCCCAGUAUUCCAGUUGUCUUGAUAGAUGUGGAGAGUCAACACCUUUAGUUGCUCCACCUUUUUGGUUUGCUUCCUGUCUUUUAAGUUUGGUGUGGGUUUUUCUUUUGUUUGCCUCUUCUUGGGCAGAUUUAGUGGGUCUCAUGGUGGGUGUCUUUUAGGUCCCAGUUGUUGUUACUAGUCAACUUUCAUUGGACACCCCAUAGUGUCUUUCAGAGCCCCUCCUAAAAAACAAGCUUAUAUUUUGGGUUGGAUAUUGCAUCCAAUUCAUAUUUUAAUCAAUGGCAUUUCCUUAGGCUGCUCAUUAGUCUUUCAGUUGUUAGUCUUCUGUUUGUUGUGUACUAAAUAUUUCAUUAUUUUUUUCUUUUUUUUUUCUGUGAAGCCAUUGUGUUGCAUCCAUGUCUAAAAUGUGCUGUAUAAAUAAAUCUUGAUUUGAUUUCA